CCUUUCUAAUCAAUACUACGACUCAUAUGUUUUGUUGGUGUAUAUAUAUAUACGCAUAUGGGUUAGGUUUCUUCAUUUCAUUCAAACCCAUCAAAGUUCUCGUACAUUCUUUGUAUAAAUAUAUACACACACACAUACACAACCAUAUAUAUUGGUCAUGCAUCUCUCCGUACGGGAUGUGCUGCUGGCCUUGUGCUUGGCAUUUUCAGCAUCGUUUCGACCGGUUUGGGGCCGACCGGCGACAUUUGAGGAGGAUUUUAGGAUCACGUGGUCCGAUUCGCACAUUGCUCAAAUUGAUGGAGGGAGGGCCAUCCAGCUCAAAUUGGACCCUGGUUCAGGAUGUGGGUUUGCUUCGAAGAGACGAUAUUUGUUCGGACGUGUCAGCAUGAAGAUCAAGCUCAUCCCGGGCGAUUCGGCCGGGACAGUCACUGCCUUUUACAUGAAUUCGGAUACGGAUAUGGUAAGAGACGAGCUUGAUUUCGAGUUCUUGGGAAACCGGAGUGGACAGCCGUACACGGUUCAGACCAAUGUAUACGCUCAUGGUAAAGGCGACAGAGAACAAAGAAUCAACCUCUGGUUCGACCCUUCUAAAGAUUUCCAUGAUUACACAAUUUCGUGGAACCAUCUCCGAGUUGUGUUUUACGUGGACAAUGUGCCGAUACGAGUCUAUAAGAACAACGAGGCGAGGAACGUUCCAUUCCCUAGAUUCCAACCAAUGGGAGUGUACUCGACAUUGUGGGAAGCCGAUGAUUGGGCGACACGUGGAGGAAUAGAGAAAAUCGAUUGGUCGAAAGCUCCCUUCUAUGCUUAUUACAAAGACUUCGACAUUGAAGGGUGUCCGGUUCCAGGCCCCGUGGACUGUCCGGCCAACCCAAAGAACUGGUGGGAAGGGUCCGAGUACCAUCGGCUAAGUUCUGUCGAGGCUAGACGUUACAGGUGGGUCCGAAUGAACCACAUGGUCUACGAUUAUUGCACCGACCGGUCUCGUUACCCUGUCCCUCCUCCCGAAUGCUUGGCCGGGAUAUGAUGAUCAAAUAUACAUACACACACACAUAUAUAUAUAUAUAUAUGUGUGUGUGGUGUUUGGAAUAUUGGUGUAUAUCAUGCCUGUAUGUGAAAUGUAAUCAAUAAUUGUUUUGUGAUGUGCGAUGAAGUGUAUCAUAGAGUAUAUGUAUUCAUGCAUCUAUGGAUUGAAACAUGUGUGGAUAUAGGAAGAAAGAAAUUAAGCACA